GGAGGAAGCACAUUUCCCUCGCCGAGGAAAAUCGACGCGAUCUUUUCCCGAAGUGCAAAUAACAUUUCGAAUUUUCACAGAUUGUGUUCACGUGGUUGCUUUUUGUUUAGUUUUCGACUUUUCCUGACGUUAUUUAGUGUUUAUUUCAUGGUUAUUUUAGUGAAACUCUUGGUUCUAGUUGGAUUCGUGUAAGGAAAGUGUUUUGGACGCCGCUAACCAACUUACAUUAAAUUGGACGGUGCAUGUGUGCUGAGCGGAUGUACUGUAUUCCGGCUAAGUCGGGUAAGCGGAUGUGAUGAGCGACAAGACUUGAUGGCGCGGUGACGCAGCAUGCGCCGCGCGCUGCUCGCCGCUCUCUUGCGGCUGCUCAUCGUCGCAGGCGGCGCCAGUUUCGUCAACCCGCACACAAACGACGAGCGUCCAGACCUCAACCAAGUAUGGCUGGAGAUCCCCACGACCCUGGUCGCGCUGGGUGGGGACGUCCACAUCUUCAUACGAGGCACCAGCGGCACCGGCUUGCGCGUCCGCCUCGCGCGAGACGACGACGAAGGCCGAACCCUCCUGGCGACCAUGCCUCUCGCUCUGGACUCCGACAGCCGCAUGACCCUCCCCUGCGGCUACUUCUCUAGAGGAGGCAUCUACUACAUAGACAUUAUCGCCGACACCUUUCGCGAUUACGACAACCUAACAAUAACCAGUGUUAAAGUCAAAAGGGAUUUGAGUGGUGGUGCUAUAAUCGAAACUGGGGACAGUAUGGUUAAGUCGUGGAAGUUCGACGUGUUGUGGCCGACAGCCAACUUGGAUGUGACGCCGGAACAGAUACAGACGUAUCCGGAGAGGCAGGUGACGGCGAUCCUGGAGUUCCCGAAGGUGGUGUGCACGCCGGUGGAGUCGAGCGCGGAUUUCUGGUUGGAACUGUUGUACUGUGGACACUCGAGUGGCGGUGCUGUGUUGUGUGACGGGAAGAAUAGCAGCUCGCAUGCGCACGUUUUGUAUUCGGAACAGAUGCACGGGUUCCCGGGGAGGCGUACUAUGACGCUUCGGUGUGAGCUGUUCGGCCAGGCCGGGGACUACGCGCUCACGCUGCGUCCCGCGGCUUCGGCCGGACCUCAGGACUUGGCUGUGGCUUUUAUAAAGGCGGAUUGGUCGGAGCAGUUCGUGCUGAACGUCCACGGAGGGUCAGUGUUCCCGUGCGGCGACGGAGUGAGGGUGUUGUUCCAGUAUCCCGAGUGCGUGUUGGAGGGUGCAGACAGGGUGCGCGUGUUCGGCAGGGACGCGGACCGGCUGCGGUACGUCGCCGAGAGGAGGGUGCGAAGGGGUCAGCACACAGCGUCCUUCGACUGCCGGCUGUUCAGCGAGCGGUACCCAGAGUACUGCUUUGUAUAUGUCUCGCAGGCGGUUACCGGCGCGGUGGCGGACGUCAGGAUGGACUGCCUCCCCACCCUGCCUCUGUCAGAAGGCGGCGCCGGCGGCUGGGGCGAGUGGUCGGCGUGGUCGGCGUGCCCCGCGCCCGCGCACUGCUCCACGCGCACGCGCAGCCGACACCGCUUCUGCGACUCCCCGCCGCCGGCUUACGGCGCCAAGUUCUGUGAGGGCCAAGCAGUAGAACUAGCGGCGUGCGAGUGCACUGCUCGCCCCUGGGCAGGAGACUCCUCGAUGGUGGUGGCGGAAAUCGGUUCCAGGUGUAGAUGCGGCUGUGUGCUGCAUCUGGCACCAGCUGCCAGACUCCUGGCAGGUUCCGCCAGAGCCUGCCCUGCAAGAUCUUUCUGGCUUUUACAGGCGGAAGACGGUCUCGCAGUGCGCUUGCGGUUCGAGGCAGUGAAGCUGCCGUGCAGCGGACAGGCGCUGCGGGCUCGAGACGGCGACUCCCUCGGCUCCCCGCUGCUGGCCUCGUGGGACGGACCCGAUCGAUCUGCUGUGGCAGAUGAAGUGGAAACCACGACAGACAGCAGUGGCAUGAUAGAGAUCGUCGGUGGCAGACAUAUUCUAGUGGAGCUGCGGUCGGCAGACACCAGCGAGCGCUGCGCGGGCGGCUUUCUUGCGCACGCCAUGCAAAUUGAGCCAAUCCGCAACGCAUCAGCAGCCUGGGCGUCAGUGAGCGGUGGCGCAUGGUGGCGGGGUGGAGGUGGAGCGAGAGCUGCAGCAGCAGCAUUAGCAGCACUUGCAGCACUCGCAGCACUGCUCCUUGCAGCACACUCGGCGCAUCGCACCAGGGCUUACCAGCGAGCUGCUGACAAGGAGUCUCUUACUGACAGCGAUGCCUGCUCAGCUUCACUAGAACUCGGAGGAGCUACAGCCGGAUCAAGGAGUACAUUGCUGUCAGAAGUCGUUGGAGGAGGGGUUUCCUUACGCAGACUACUUCCGGGAAGGACUCGUCAUACGAGACUGAGGGACUCAGACAGGACCUCUGAACAUGUAGAGCAAAGGGAUGAAGACCAAGCCUCAGAUGCUGAAGUAGAGGAAGAUAACGUUAGCGUGGCCAGCGUUGGUAGCGCGACCAGUCAAGCGACCGUUACUCCUGAGAACGUAUCCUCAAGCAGUGCUCCUGCAGGGACCAGUAGAGACGACGUCGCUCCGUCGCCUCUGAGACGGUCGCAUACAGUGUCUACUUCUCAUGUGCCACAGAUCACAUCACCGCCUCAACCUUCAACGAGUGAAGCAGUGACAGCUGAAAUCAGCACCAGUGUGACCAGCGUGAGUGACAGAGACAGCAGCAGUGAAAAGGACCGGGACAGUAUGUGGGACAAGGAAAGAACUGACAGCAGAGCCUCGUCUUCUAUAUCCGCUGCUACUCUUACUAAUGGUUGGUACUCACCAGCGUUAAGUGGUGUAUCAUCAGCAAGGAUCCGCGACAACCCUAAGCACACAAAGGAGAGUUGCAAUCGGAGACUGCUCCGCUCUGACCUGAGCCUAACUUCACACCCUGAGAUGGAGAUCGACUAUUAUGACUAUGAAGUUAAUAAUGCUGGAUCUGUACCAGGCUCCUACUUGGGAAUGGAUCCCGCGUUCUUGGUCUGGAUACCACCGAUAGAGGAAGGCGAUAUUAUCAAGGAGAUUGAUGAAACCAAAGUACCUAUUUACGAGGAAAUUAUACCUAAGGAAUUACGUCCAGACCCCGGCAGCAACACAGAAUCACCUGAAGAUCGACCAUCAUCCAGCACUCUCAAAAGAAACUCAGAAAAUCGCUCCAAUAGAUCCAACGAAUCAAUAAAAUCCAUACGAAAAGUUAUGGACAGAGGCAACAUUAUACAUCCCUUAAACUUCAGUAUCAGCGAUUUGCAAAACUCACCGAAACCACCAAAAAGAUAUAAGAAAAAACGAGACGAUACAGUAACAAUACCAAUGAAAGAAUUAACUCUUACAAUGUCCCCAGUUAAAGUGCAUAGAAGAGAAAACAGAAACGAUUAUGAUAACUCCUCAACUCUUAAAAGAGUUAAUGAUACGAGAGAAAAAGACAAAGAUGCCACUCUAAAAAGAACAACCGAUUUCAGUGAUAUUAAAUUUGCUGACGAGAAUUCCGAAUCAUCAAACGAAAUAAAAUUCGCCGAUGACUCUCCUGAUAGCAAUAGAUUAUUUGAUAAAUAUGAAGUUAAAGCAUAAGUAUUAACUUUAGUAAAUAAAUUUUUGGUUGUUUUAAUAAACGAAAUAUUAGCAUCUGAUAUAUUUCAGAAACUAUCCAACAUAACAACGCAUAAAAGUUAAGAGACAGAAGUUUUGUAUUUAUUAUUUCUUUGCAAACCGCCUUUAAUUAAAAAUAUUUAAUUUAAGUUUACAUGCAUUUACCAAACAAGCUUUUAAUUUAAUGUAAAAUCUUGCCAUAACUAUAAAUAAAAUAUAAUCUUAAUACUAUUAUUAUUAAGUACAUGUUAGCCUUAAUCACCUUUUGUAACUGUAUUAUAUGCAUAUUUUUAGUAAUUUCUUGGCCUUAGCUAAUUAACUGAUCUAACUUUUUACACCAUAUAUAAUAAUAGCGUCAUGAUGUAAACAUAAUAAUUAUCCUUUAUCGAGAUCAGUCAAUCAGAAAACAUCUUGUUUUACUCCGUUAAUUCACUGUUUCUUAAUGCUAUCUCUUAACACUUUUUUCAUGCUUCGGAAUUGAAAUAUUCGUUAAUUCAAAGUUGAUGUUAGGCCUACAGCUGAUCUAUCUUUUCAAAUGUAAAAACCGUCUCUUUGCCUCGAGUGUGGCUUUUUGUAUAGAAAAAUUAAAAAUACUUAGUAGAAGAAAACUGCAGUGAUUAGUGCGUCCGUUCUGUUUAUUCAAAAAGUUUCAGUUGAGGCACUAUAAUCAUCAUCACCACUAGUAAUUGUAUUUAAGGACCAAGAUGUAUAACAGUUACCAUUCAUAUCACUAUCAUAUUCAUUCUAUAUUUUUCAAAAGACGUCACUUUAUUCAUCAAAUAUGUACAAGUAUAUCGUAGUGAAAUCAUCAACGUAAGUCCAAGUUUUGUAAUCAAAUUGUUUAAUAAUGUUAAAAUCUUUUUGAUUUUGUUUGUAGGUGUAUAUGUACUGUCAGUGUUAGUAAUAUGGCUAGUUACUUAAUGAUUGUCGACUGAUUUUUCUUCAAAUAAGAUUAUUUUAACUAUUGUCAAAUGGUUUAUAUGCAAAAUAGGCUUGCACUCGGUUUUGUAUAGGAGAAAGUGUUUGACCAUUGCAAUAGCAAAUUUCUUUUUCCCGAUGGUUGUCAUGUCUGGGAUCCAAGUUUGGAAAUAAAACAAGUUUAAAAAAAAAAAUAAGAAAAAAACCUUUUUGUUUGAAACAAGAUUAUAAUCAGAUUUAAAACUGCUGGUCCGAUCGUUGUAACUUGAAACUUGAAUUGUGCUCUGUAGUAAAAACUUUGUUUGCGUGUUUCAGGCGGCAUAGUGAAUGAUCGAAAGUACCUGUAGCACCAUCUAGUGUCGGAAUGAGGAGACCGCUAUCACUCCCCUCCGAGAAUUGGAAGUUGUAGAGCAUCCAAAACUCCAAUUAGGACUGGUCGAUAUUAAUGAAGAUAUCCAAAUUAGAACGCGUACGACUAGCUAGUAGAAGCCUUUUUGUUUUUGUUCUUUUGAAUGAAUAAAUUUUGAAAUCUGGUAGGAAAAACCGACUUAAGGAAGGUAUAUCAAUAAUAAUUAUAACUAUAAUUUCAAUCGUUAUGAUUGGAUGAAUUGAUUUCAUUCUUGCCGUGUCAAUAGAUUUUGGCCAAUAGUUAAUCAGAGGGAAAUACGAUCGUUAUACUACUACUCAUAUAGUUAUACUGUAGCUGUUUUAUCGUAACCGAGUCCCUG